AUGCUAACAUAUAUAGGAACUUAUGGUGUUGUCUAUAAAGCCUUAGACACCCGUCACAACAAUCGAGUAGUGGCGCUCAAGAAAAUCAGAUUGGAGCUGGAAGAUGAGGGCGUUCCUUCCACGGCCAUCAGAGAAAUCUCUCUCUUGAAAGAAAUGAGAGACGACAACAUCGUCCGGCUAUACGACAUCAUUCACUCCGAUUCCCACAAACUUUACCUUGUGUUUGAGUUUUUGGACUUGGACUUGAAAAAAUACAUGGAGUCCAUCCCCAAGGGCGCAGGGUUAGAGCCGUCCAUGGUCAAGCGGUUCAUGAUUCAGUUGGUUAAGGGAAUCAAGCACUGCCAUUCUCAUCGCGUCUUGCACCGUGACUUGAAACCGCAGAACUUGUUGAUCGACAAGGAGGGAAACCUCAAGUUGGCCGAUUUCGGUUUGGCAAGGGCCUUUGGUGUCCCUUUGCGUGCAUACACCCACGAGGUUGUAACUUUGUGGUACAGAGCACCAGAGAUCUUGUUGGGCGGUAAACAAUACUCUACAGGCGUCGACAUGUGGUCUGUGGGGUGUAUUUUCGCUGAGAUGUGCAACAGGAAACCGUUGUUUCCCGGCGACUCGGAAAUUGAUGAGAUUUUCCGUAUUUUUAGAAUCUUGGGUACACCAAACGAGGAAACGUGGCCUGACGUGUCGUACUUGCCGGACUACAAGCUCACAUGGCCCAAAUGGCAAAAGUCUCCGUUGGCGAAGCAUGUGCCUUCGUUGGACAAGGACGGCGUUGACUUGAUGGAACAAAUGUUGACCUACGACCCAAGCAACAGAAUCAGUGCUAAAAGAGCAUUGAUUCAUCCGUACUUCCAGGAGGAUAAUGAUGACACUUACGACAGCUACUCUCGCUCGAUAAGUAUGAGCUAA